AUGGUCAACAGCGAAUACCAGGGCCUGGUGAAACACACAGGAGGCUGCCAUUGUGGAGCAGUUCGCUUUGAAGUUUGGGCCUCGGCAGACUUGCACAUCUUCGACUGCAACUGCAGUGUUUGCAAGAAGAAGCAGAACAGACACUUCAUUGUUCCUGCUUCUCGCUUCAAGCUCCUGAAGGGAGCGGAGAGUAUCACCACGUACACGUUCAACACUCACAAGGCGCAGCAUACCUUCUGCAAGAGAUGUGGGGUGCAGAGCUUCUACACCCCCCGCUCCAACCCCGGUGGCUUCGGAAUCGCCCCACACUGUCUGGAUGAGGGCACUGUGCGGAGUAUGGUCAUCGAGGAAUUCAAUGGCAGCGAUUGGGAGAAGGCCAUGAAGGAGCACAAGACCAUCAAGAACAUGUCUAAAGAGUGAGCGCCCGCUCUCUCCCUUUCUGGAAAGGAGGAAUGAUGGGGCCAGCAGCAUGGCUGCCCCCCUCUGCCUCGGUGGUGCCGGCGAGCAUGGCUGCCCCAGACUGCCGGGCUCAGGCCGGCCACCAGCUCCCGCUCUGCCCUUGACUCCAGCUACAUUUCCUUAGGCAGCUCUUUGUCCUCCGUCAGCCUGGACUUUGAUGUAGACUAGUUGACAUCCUCUUUCUCUUCCCAACUUUUGUGUGAUCUUUUAGAAAAAUAAAUAUUUUAAUAUU